AUGGCGGACGCAGAUGAGGAUGCUGUCCGUGGAACUACGGUUGAAGCUACACAGAUCGAAGUUGAUCUCUCCGACGAAACGCAGGACUUUCGUCUACUAAAUCACCUCAAUUUCCUCACCGAUACAUCCUCCUCCAGUCUCCCCCGCCGCGGCGAGAAAGACUUCGAGCCUAAUCCCACCGAAUUCCAAGCCGAUGUCCUCUCCGCCUCCCGCCAGGCGAUGCACAAUGCCCUCGCGCAUCCUCGUCUACACAACCCCAAGAACCAAGUAAUCGCCAUAUAUGCCCCCGAAGGCCCUCCACCUCCUCCCCCCGUGCCUCCGGGCCAGGAUCCCGGCAAGACAAGCGGUAGGGGCGCUAGUGUUUCGCCGGAUGCAUGUGUCUACGUGCCUAGCCCGAAGGGCCAGUAUUUCAAGAAUAUGGGACAAGCCGAUCGGAAGGGUGUUAUCUGGUUGUUACCCGAGGAGGCAUUGUAUCUGCUUGAACGGGGCAGUUUGGAUAUCCGUUGGCCUACUUCGAUUACGGGUGGGACGGUCGAGGAAGGUAGUGAGGAAGAGGAGUUGUCUAUUCCGAUGAGUCUGCAGGCUGCUUAUGCGUGUUUCAUUGGGAGAGGUGGAUUGACUCUUGAGAGGUUUACGGUUUUCUCGAGUCUGAAGAGGAUUGGGUAUGCUAUUUCCCGUGCGCCGGGGUGGGAUGACUCUUCAAGUGUGGAAGAUUCGGCGGAUGAAGAUAGCCGGAAUGCCUAUACGCAGCCCGUUACGCGCGGUGCAGGUCUGGCUGGUAUCUUGGGAAGUAUAUUCAACUGGAUCAAUGAUCCGAAAUCCACGUCCUCCACGGCGGCUGGUCCCGUCAUUGGAUAUGGAAUUCAUCGCAACUACAGCGACAUCUACAAAAAACUCGCCCAAAUCCCCUGGCACGACCCAACUACCCUCCCCACCCGAAACCCCCUCUCCACAAAACCCCCCUACCGCGUAAUCCUACACGUCUUCAAGCCCUCAACAUUCAUCAAAAAAUCCGCCCUCCCACCCCCAGACUUCCGCAUCGCAGUCAUCAACACCCGCGAAGCGACCACCAUCCCGACACUCCCCGAGCUAAGCGCUCUGCUGGAAAGUACCCCGCUAGAUCCGCCGAAGGGUGAGAAAAUGGAUCGCCAGAUGUAUCUGCGGUUGCGGCAUGGGUAUCGGAAUGUUAUUCUUGCGGUGGUGGAUCAGGGGGUUACUAGUUUUUUGAGGGUUGCGGAUGUUGCGUUUGGGAGGGAGAGGUUGUAUGAGAGUGUUGGGGGGUCGUUGGGGCCGAAGAAGGCGGGGAAUUUUAGGAAGAAGAAGCGGUGA